CUCUAAUCUAUGAAUACAUCCCCAGAAACAUAACACAACACAACUUUCAAUUCCCUUAUUGAAGCUUCGCAUAUCUCCCGAUAGUCUUCAUCACCUUACCACCGCAGUAAGCAAAAGUAAAUCCGGCAUCAUGCUUACAGAACGAGAAAUGCAAAUAAGUCCGAUUGUGCAAGAGUCCGUGAUACACAAUACAAAGACUCUCGCAACUCUACACAAUCUCACAGCCUCCCUCUUUGGUGUCGCCGCUGGUAUCCUCGGUCUGGAAUCUUACCCUGGAUUCCUGUUCUACAUCUUCUUUACGCUCCUCACUAGUGCACUCGUAUAUGUGUUUCGGAUAGCUCCGCAUAUGAGUAAAGAUACCAAGGGAGAUCGAUAUUUUAGAGGCGCGUGGGAGUUUUGGUCGGGAGGGCUAGUAGAGGGUCUGAGUGGAUUUGUGUUGACCUGGACUUUAUUCUAUGGAUUGGUUAGGGCGUAAUAGUAGAGAGUGGCUCAAUGUGGCAGGGGCAGUUUGGGAAUAGAAUCUUCGAACACGAAUGUCGAAUAGAGGAUGUAGGGGAAGGAAAUGAUCAAUAAAUCGCAAGCGCAAGCGAGAGGGAUCGGUGCAAUAAUAGGAAUGGAAAGAUAGGUGUGAUGAUGACUGGAAGGAAUACUGAAGAUUGCGCCUGUUGAAUUUAGGCGCGGAUGGAUUUUCCUCUUCUCGACAAUCAUCAACUAGUAUGGCGCUUGGAGUUGGACUGAUUGAAAUUCGACAUGCUUGAUGUUUAUAUCCUCAAAUGGCGGUUACGUCUAUGUGUCCAUAUACAGUAUUGCGGUAUCAAAUGGAGUUGAGGAAUACCAGAUUUCGUUUCGCGGAUAUAGAUUUGAGUUGUUCCCUUUGCAUGUGAUAAUGAGAAUAAGUGUUCGCUGUAUGGUAGGACAUGAAUUACUUUGCUAUUUUUU